CAUGUGUGUGUGAGUAGUUGGAAGCAGUCUGGGAAAGAGGAAGCGUUUAAUCAGUAGUCAGAAGAUGUUUGUGAAGUGAAGGUGUGAACGGUAUAUUGUACUAUUACGUGUAUAGUACCAAGUUUGCCAAGCGUCAAUUUAAUUUGUCUUAUCACUCAGGGAAGACUAUAGAUUUACACAAGAGAUAUGAAACUACAGUUAAAACCUGUGCUACUAGGCGUUGCACUGGUAGCUAUAACAUGCAUGACCAUCAUCGCGCUAAUCCUCGCUCUUGUUAAUCGUCAAAGUGCAGAACUGCCAUACUCAACACAGUAUGGGAUGGUGUUUGAUGCAGGAUCCUCUCACACAGCACUCUUCCUUUAUCAGUGGCCAGGGAACAAAGAAAACAACACAGGAAUCGUCUCUCAGACUCUUCUUUGUGACGUCAAAGGUGAUGGCAUAUCCAGUUAUGUUACCAAUCCAGCUGGUGCUGGAGAGAGCUUAAGAGAAUGCUUAGAUAUUGCAAUGGCAACGGUCCCUGCAAGUCAGCAAAGGGUAACGCCUGCCUACCUGGGAGCCACGGCCGGCAUGCGACUUCUUAGUUUACAAAACAAAACUCUGUCAGACCAAAUACUCAGCGAAGUGACCAAAAGUAUGCAGAGUUAUCCCUUUGAUUUCCGUGGGGCCAGAAUUAUCACUGGAAUGGAAGAAGGAGCUUAUGGCUGGAUCACUAUCAAUUAUCUUUUGGAGGGCUUCAUUAAGUAUGAAUUCGAUGGUAAAUGGAUUCACCCUAAAGCUGGGACUAUUUUAGGAGCUCUAGACUUAGGUGGUGCAUCCACACAGAUUUCCUUCAUACCAAAAGAUCCAGUGAAAGACGCACAGUCUGCUUUUGACCUCCAGCUCUAUAGCUACAGGUAUCAGUUGUACACACACAGUUACCUGUGCUAUGGCAAAGAUCAAGCCCUGAAAAAGCUCAACGCUUAUCUUCAGAAGACUUUCAGCCCCUCCUCUGUUAUACAGCAUCCAUGUUACCACAGAGGCUACAAUCUUACAGUAAAGCUGGGGGACAUUUAUGACUCUCCUUGUGUGGUUAAGCCAACCCCGUAUGAUCCCUUGGCACAAGUCACUUUUUCAGGGACUGGUGAUUCUGCACUCUGUAUGUCACUGAUAGAAAUUAUUGUAAAUGUGACAAACUGUUCGCUUUACCCAGACUGUGGAUUUGAUGGAGUUUACCAACCUCCUGUUAAUGGACAGUUUUUUGCUUUCUCUGCAUACUUCUAUACCUUUGACUUCCUUGGUCUUGCACCAAAGGCUUCAUUGUCUCUUGUCAAUUCUACUAUUGAAUCUUACUGCAACAAAACCUGGAUGACACUUGUGGCAGAAUAUCCAAAGGUGAAGGAGAAGUACCUUAGAGAUUACUGUUUUUCUGGUCAUUAUAUCAUGGUUAUUCUACUCAAAGGAUAUAAAUUCGAGACCAACUGGGAUAAAAUCUCUUUUCAGAAACAGGUGGCAGACACUGACAUAGGCUGGACUCUGGGCUAUAUGCUGAACCUCACUAAUCUGAUUCCCUCUAGCCGCCCUCUAGUGGUAACAGGAGUCCAGACCAGUCAAUGGGCAGCAGAGGUUUUCUUCAUUGUCUUUGCACUUUUUCUCAGCCUGUUUAUUAUUAUCAUGUUCUGUGUGUGGGGUCCAACCACAUAGCGAUGCACAUUAUAUAAUUAUGUGAAUUAAACCAGGGUGGAGAUAAAUUACAUUUUUAUUUCUCAGCUUAAUUUGAGUUGUUUACAUAUUCAGUUCAUAUUAGCCAAUACAAGUUUAUAUAACUUACAAGUGUAGUUAUAAAAUUACAUUCUGCCUUACAAUGAACUCAGGAAGAUAAUACAAAAGUAACUGUAAUGUAAAGUAGAAUCAGAAAAAGUAGAAUUGUUCAUUUUCAUGGAACAGCACAAAGCACAUAAAAUUAUGUUAAUUAAAUAAUGUAUGCUUAUUAAGAAUGGAUUGAAAUGAAUGAAGACAACCAAAAUAUUUGAAAAAUGCAGUGAAUAUACUAUAAUAUUUUCUUAAAAUCUUAUUACAAUUUUUAAAUGCAUAUUGUAUACUGUAUUUGAUAAAAUGCGUGUGUGUGUGUGUGUGUGUGUGUGUGUGUGUGUGUGUGUGUGUGUGUGUGUACAGAAAAAGAGUUUUCAACAGCAACCUGACUUCUUAUUUUGUUGAGGCUUUGGCUGUAAUGUUUUAUGUUCCUCCUCUUUCCUCACUCUCUGUUUCAUCAGUAACCUAGUGAAAAUACGAAACACACAGUAAGCAGCAAGCAAGUUGUUUCAUAAUAAAAUAUAAAAAAUGUGUUAAUAGGCAUUUCUUGUCUUACCAUGCUAGAGUCUUCAGAGAUUCUGACACAUUCUCACCAGUUGCAACACUGCACUCCAUAAAAUGAAUGUCAUAUUCCUGUGUUGAUUAAAAAAUGAAACAGUGUCUUA